AUGUCCAACCUCGUCCCUCUCACCGUCAUCAAAGGCGCCGGCCACGAGUUCAUCCCCCUCCCCCAGGGCGAGAACGCAAUAACGGCAGACUUCCACUCAAUCCGCACCAAGACUGAGUCGCCUGCUUAUGUUACGUCCGGGUUCUACAAGAUCGAGGCUGGACCUCAGAGACCUGCGCACUACAACUUUGAGGAGACGAAGUAUGUCCUGAACGGACAGAUUGAUGUCUUGGAUGAGGCUACCGGAAUCACACACCAUCUAGUCCCAGGAGACUUUGCCUUCUUCCACGUUGGAUCGAAGGUUAAGUUCUCAACCAAGUCCUCAGGAUUCGCCUUCUACGCCGUUACUCGACCGGUCCGAAACCCCCACUCUAACCUCCAGGGCCGCGAGGAGGGCACUUCCAAGCUGUAA